AUGCAUCGUCGUACGCAGAUCAAGGCGCUGAAGUCGGCGUUCUUGAGGAUUUGGACUGGGAAGAUCGCUUUUCUUCGUUUCUUCAUUGUUUGGGCUCUACCGCAUGCGAUAAAUCUACCCUUCUUUACGGCGGGUCGAGGAGAUGCUGGUCCUGAUCCGAUUGGGGAGUUCCGGACGAUGAAGGGUAACGAUGCGGCCGUAGCGUUUGCCAACGACUUCCUAUUUUACAUAUUCUUUCAACUCUGUCUCCGAGGCACCAGAUGGUAUGUGAUACCGUGGAAUGGUCCGGUUUUCGGGACAUUCGCAAUAUAUGGCUGGACGACGUGGCGUAACAUCCUUUUUCUCGGCCAUAUACCAUUUGCCUUGAAUCGAAUUAGCCUGUAUUUGUGGCCGGGCUCCUACGGGAAUAUCUGGUCUAAAAAAGCGGUGCUCGUGUGCUUGCUCGUCCAGUGGGCCGUGCCGGUGGCGCUCCAGGCAGAAAAAGCUGUCGGAUCUGGAGCAAAAACUUCCAUGCAAAUCUGCUCAAUCCUCCAGGCGAUCCCAAUGUUUGCCGAGUUUGUGAGGACACUAAUCUCGUUCUUGCUCCUUUACGUCUUCAAGACGGAUCAGUAUGAUGCAGAUUCAUGGGUGGUCAAAUUCUGGUCCGAAAUUUUAUACUACUACAUCGAUACCUCAGUAACCAUUCAGCCAUACUGCCUUUUAAUCACGAAUACGCAUGUUCGGAAGCUGUUCCUAUGUCGAAAACGCAACAACGUAAUUAAGGGUUCGUCGGUGCUGUGGGCGAUA